AUGUGCGAGCCUCACACAGGAAACAAGUGGAGAGACUCGCCUUCAGAGGCACCCCGAUACCAAUACCAGCAGGAUAUCAAUAUCACUCCUUCAUGCCCAGGUUCGACUACGAUUAUGUCCCCCGAAAACGCGCAAACAGCCCGACAACCAUUAUCACCACCAAGUUCACCGCCCGUCUCGUCAUUGAUAUCAUUAUCAGCCUCUGGAUUCCAGUCUACUCGGCCUCUUCAACCCCAAUCAAUUGAUGUCCUUGCUUCACAACUUGGCAGCUCUUCUUUGGAACAUUUCCAUUACGACUCUUCUCGCUCGGCUACACGGCUUCCGGAAACCGCUCUCUCGCCUGUUUCAUUGCCCGACGAUGACUGCGUCAAUGUUCAGUUGAUGCUCUGCCAUCAUGGUUCCGACUCCAUGGAGCUUGAUCCCUACAAGGACGUGAAUGCUGCGGAAUCUCGUAAACAUCCUCCGACAAAAGCCCAAGAGGAGUUCGUCUGUGCUCUUGAUGUGCCUUUCAAUCCAUUUAUGCCCAUUGCUGUUGAUCUGACCGCUCUUGCUGAAGGUCCGGGGGAUGCCUCAGGGUCAAUGUACAGACGCAAUGCAAAUGGCGGCUUUGAAGUGGAUGAAGGAUACUGUGAAGACGAGGAUGAUUUCUCUUGGCUUCAACCACUUGUACCGCGAAGAACGACUGGCACACCUGACGGAAUUAAGAAGCGUUACGAGCUUGGGUAUCGAAGAUCCGCUGAUGCUGCAAGUCGUUGCCGCAACACAAUUCAUAGUGUACCUCGAAUGCGACGGCGUGACAAGAAGAGAAGCAGGCAAUCGCAACCCCACUCUACGGCGAGCUCCGUGAGAGGCCGCUCGGAUUCACAGACCUCGCAGAUGAUUAAUUCAACACAGUGA